CAGCCUAACGGAUGCCUGCUUAGUCUCAUCGGAGAUUCUCAGCCUCACGCUGUUUCAUACAGCAGCCCGGCUGAGAAAUUCUGCAUCCUCAGAAGCCAAUAUAUUUCUUAAUAGCGUUGAGAUCACCCAGGCAAACCGAAAGAAGCCUUGUCGACCGAUGGGUUCUAGCUCAAGAAGCAGUUCCGAGCACAGCAGGCGGAGACCGUCACCAUGGCGGAGGAUCGAUCGUGAUACGAUUGACGCGAACAGCGACACCUAUGUAUAUACUGACAAUGAUCCCGAGAUUGAAGGGAUAAACAAACCCAAAACUCUCCAUGAGGCGGCUUACGAGGAUAACUAUGAAGCGGCGAAGGUGCUACUUCGCAAAGGAGCGGCGAUCGACCUUCCAGACUUGAAUGGAGAUACCGCGCUUCACAUUGCUGUCAUGAAGCACUCGAAUGACUUUGUACGAUUCUUGAUCGAUAAAGGCGCAGAUGUUAACCGCCUUGGCAGCGAGGGUCUAACGCCUCUGCUUCUGGCCUGCAGCCAACCCAAUUACGACAUCGCAAAACGCCUUCUUGAAGCGGGGGCCGAUGUCGACGCCGCGGACGACAAGGGGAGAACAGCACUGCAUCAUGCCUGCAUUCAGGAACGCGAAGGUAUGGUCGAGUUGCUCUUCCAAUAUGGAGCUCGGGCGGAUCCCCGGGAUAAUUCCGGGCGUACGCCGUUACAUCUUGCACUGGCUCGCCAUCAAUCCGAGAUGCUGAAUACGCUGCUUCAUCACGGGGCAAAUGUCAAUGCAGUGGACCCCGAGGGGAGGGCGCCGCUGCAUUAUGCUGCCAAAGCGGGGUGGGCUAGACCAAUGCGUGCGCUGCUUCGGCCUGAGGUGGAUGUCGACGCAAAAGAUGCUGAUGGAAAUACGGCACUCCAUCUCGCCUGUCUCGGUGGUUUCAAGCAGGUGAUGUGGCUUUUGCUUGAACAUGGAGCUAGCGUACACAUCAAGGACUCCGAUGGGCUGACGGCUCUACAGCUAGCCUCUAGCACUGGACAGUCGACGAGUAUAGUGCGCCUAUUACAGCACUAUGAGGCGAAGGUUGAUACCGAGGACUUUUCCAAAGCGCGAUCGCGUUCAGUCUCUCCUCCGCGCAGACUGCGUGCCAUGAGAUCUACAAGUAUCAUCUUAGAGCCGAAGAAGGUCGAAGUAGAGAGCGUGUCUAGCCACGAGAUGCCGCGACUGAGAAACAAAGAAACAGGAAGCGAGCUGAGUCACGAUAAAUUGGAACCGACUGACGACAUGGCGGCAGGUUCUGAAAUAGACUCUGCGCAGAAAAUGCUGGGGCAGAAUCACUGGGAUGGCGUACGUCGGGACAAUGGCGACGGCUAUAUCUUGGCCAAGUAUGACGGUCAUGACAUCUACUGCGACGCCAAAAUGGAGUCAAUCCAUUCAUCAUCCCACGAGGGCCAGGAGAUGCAUGCGAUCCAGCUCAAACUCAACUUCAUGAAGCCCCAUUCCUUGAAACAUCGCAUCCGGUAUGCAGAAGUCGACGUGGCCCUCUGUGCAACCGACCUGAAAGCGUUGCCCAAUAUCCGCACAAUCAUGCCGCAGGCUGACCGGGUCGAAGUGUCGGAGCAGGAGAUCACCACAGGACAGAAGUUCACAGUUGGGGCGAACGGAAACGGCGGACCGUCCAGCGUCAACAUCAGCAUGGAAGGCUCCAAAGGAAGAAAGUCCACCUUCAAAGGCGUCCGGAUAAUCCACGGGGCAGUCAAGGACCGGAUGCACGCCUCCUGGCGACUGUAUGAGGAGCCAGGGAGCAAGAGCGGGCUACCAGAGAUAGUCCGCCUCCUUCUGGUGGUCCAAUGCGAGGCUGAGUUCGAGCUGCGUGCGUCGCUGUCCGCGAGGGCCAGCCAUUUCUUCUCGUUCGGCAUCCCACGCACGGUGACAGCCAAGCAGGGGCCCCCGUACCUGGUCCCCCCACUGGCGGAGAUCAUGUCGCUCGAGCAAGCGAUGAAGCUGAAACUGAUACUGGGCGUUGCGGACCGGGCGGCUGUCAUGGUCGAGGACGCGAAGAGGCUGGAGCAGAGAGUCACUCAGUCGAUCAAGGGGCAUACAAAGAGGGCUCUGAUUAUGGAAGCAGGGGCGAGCGAAAGCAACAUUCGCGACUGGGCGGACAUCGCGGAUGCGUCCAGCUACGGGGAUUUCGCCCUCCUGUGCGAGAAACUGCUCCGGACGCGGGAGAUCGAGAGCCCGGAGGUCAGGCCACGGCCGAGGCGCUGGAGCCCUGCCCCUGUACCGAUAGUGGAAAGAUCGCACUCGCACUGGAGGCGUGAGAGUCUCGACUUCGAUGGAGACGACCGAGGAUACGCGCGACGAAUGCGAGCGAGGCUUGGGGUCGAUGAGGCCGAAGAGGCGAUUGCGCCUACACACCGCUCGAGAAAUGUCCAUGGCUUCUCGGCGGUUGGUCCAGGAUAUAAGGUAUCACGGCUGGCCUAGGGGGUUGUGCAUCGAGUGGAGUGACUGUCAUUGCUUCAAUUAGCAUGCGCUGCAGCUGUAUGAUGAUGGGGGUGGAUAUCUUAGCAUGAAAAUUACCUGGUAACUUCGAUGAUAAGGAUUUCGAUAGGAGGUAGUCAAUCUGGAGGCAGUGACUAGUAUGAAAGCUGUAACCUAAUAAUAUAUAUGAUGCACAGGAAGGACCUCAAAAUUGCCAAAUAUUCG